AUGAUGUAUACGAUGGGCCGCGGUGGAGCCAGCAGGCUGGGUGUGGCUGCUCUGGCGCUGCGCAAUUUCUCGUCGGCGACUGGCGGAGGAGCAGGCUCCGUCGCUCGGCGAGCUGCCUCGAACGGGAUGGCGAGCGGCGGUGCGCAGGCUCCGAUUGCGGUCGGGGUUUGGAUUAGAGGCAUGGCGACGACCACCGGCGGUGACCGGACCUUCGCGACGAUGACGCUCGGGGAGCAGGAACAGCGGGAAGAGAAGAAGCAGCCGCAGAUGGCAUCCGGCGGCGGCGGCGGGAUGAAUGGCGAUGGAGACGAGGAGAAGGGGAUUGUUAGUUACUGGGACAUACCGACUCGCAAGAUCCGGAAGGAGGAUGGAACUGAGUGGAAGUGGAAUUCCUUCAUGCCAUGGGAGACGUACAAAGCAGACACAUCGAUAGAUCUGAAGAAGCAUCACAAGCCAUCUACCAUGAUUGACAAAAUCGCCUACUGGACUGUCAAGUCCCUCCGUUGGCCGACCGAUUUGUUCUUCCAGAGGAGAUAUGGGUGCCGGGCAAUGAUGCUGGAAACGGUGGCGGCGGUGCCAGGGAUGGUGGGAGGGAUGCUGCUCCACUGCAAGUCACUGAGGAGGUUCGAGCACAGCGGCGGAUGGAUCCGAACCUUGCUCGAAGAGGCGGAGAACGAGCGGAUGCAUCUGAUGACGUUCAUGGAGGUGGCGCAGCCGAAAUGGUACGAGAGAGCACUGGUGAUCGGGGUGCAGGGCGUCUUCUUCAACGCCUACUUCUUGGGAUACGUCAUCUCCCCCAAGUUCGCGCACAGGAUGGUGGGUUACCUGGAAGAGGAGGCCAUUCACUCCUACACUGAGUUCCUCAAGGAGCUGGACAAGGGCAACAUCGAGAACGUCCCUGCUCCGGCCAUCGCCAUUGACUACUGGCGGCUCCCGGCGGGCGCGAGGCUGAGAGAUGUGGUGGAGGUGGUGAGGGCCGAUGAGGCGCAUCACAGGGAUGUGAAUCACCUUGCUUCGGAUAUACAUUACCAGGGGCAUGAGCUGAGGGAGACUCCGGCGCCGCUCGGGUAUCACUGA